AUGACGGGCGUGAGCAUGCUGGACCCGAUGGACGAUCUCUUUGGUGAGGCCGCGGACGGUCUAGGUGUGAACGUCGCAAUGCCUGCUCCACCAUUGACCGCACCGCUUCUCUCCUGCAUAAAUGACAUGCAGCGCACAGGAUCGUGCUCGAGACUUGCUUGGUCCAACUCCGGCAAUAUUGCUCAUAUUUCCAAACAUGGUCGGCACGUCGACCUUCACUGUGUCUUGCGCGACCCGAGAUCUGGAGAUUGGAAGCUCAGUCCAGCGUCCAAACAUAUUAUCACUGCACCAGAAGGAGUGAAGUUUGUACAUCUCGCCUUCAACAGAGCCGGGAAUGAGCUGGCAGUCGUUGAUAGCGUCAACGGCCUUCACAUGUAUAGCGCAGGCAGUAUGCUUGGACACAUGCUGCCGGCGCCCACAGAUGCAUCUAUCAACGACCCCUCACGGACUUCUUUAGACGCAGCUGUUGGAGUGUACUGGUUGCCGACGUAUCAGAUCGACUUUAGGGCACCCUUCAUCACUCCAGCCACCAAAGUCGGCGACCACUGGCUCACUAGUAUGCAUAUGUCGAACACAAAUCUACCGAGAGUACACAAUGCGCUCGAGGGCAGAAAUGCUUUGAUGCAUGUUAGCGCGACCAGCAAGCUCACUCUGCUCUUUCAGAACGAACUCGGAGUAUGGCAUGCACUACAUUCGGUGCUAGAGGAGUGGCACACGAGCAAAGACAUCCUGACGCAUGCUGCUAUAGGCAUGGAAGGUGAUCAUUUGAUCUUAGUGACCCACGAUCACGCAAGGCGCUUCCGAGUGUACAAGAUUGUGAUAAAUUGGAACGCCGUGCAGCAGAAUCCCAACGGAGGUGUGGUAACAAUUGCGCCAACAGUAGAUGUCAGUCAUCUUAGCAUGCUUGGACCUGAGCGGCCAGAACUCGCACAACUCACGAGUCUGCACAUCCUAUCAGCAGCAGCACCGCACGCUGAUCCGAGCGCAUCUGCGACAACCACAGUGGCGGCAAUUUAUACGCAUGUUCCGACUGCGAUGGGUGCAGUACAGCAGAAUGACUACUUCAGUAUGCUUGUGCGGUGGGAUAUUGAGACUGUCACACCUACGCUCCAUGGGAGUUUCGCGAAGCUAAAGCAGAACGGACCAACAACGAACACACGACCAGUCACCGUGCUGAGACGACAACCUGAUAUUCUUCUCAGCAAGAUCAUACUGAACCUUCAAACCUUGCAUCACAACACUGCCAUCGCUUUGAUCAGCAGCCUAGGCACGAUCGAUUUAUAUGACCGCGCAACAUGGACGCCCAUCGAACACUUGGGUGAUACGACCACGGCUUCGACUUUACAACAAAGUGGGCUAGGGUUCUCUUCAAGCGAGCACUCGGCGAAUAUUGCCGGCAAUGCAGACUGUUGCAUGCUCGCCUGCACCAGACCUGAUGGAAAAGUAGAAACCAAGAACGUCUCCCUUCGCUUCGGCUGGCAACCGAUAGAAGACGGCAUAACAGACACCAAGGGCAUGGUCGAAACAGCCAUCGUCUGUCUCGCUCGACAAUACACCCAACUAAUCUCCAUGACCGCGAGCACAGACGAAGUCAUGGCGGUGCUACCAAGAGACCUAAGCAAGGACUCGAAAGUACUAUUUGUUCGACAAAUCAUCAAAAUAUUGGUCAGAGUCCUCGACGUCUCGAUGGUAGACCAGCAACGACAGCAACAGGCUGUGCUAAAAGAGGCCAUGCAUCUCCGUGCUCUAAGCGCACAGCUCGUCUUGAACGAGACCAUACCUGAAGUCCAAUCAGGGGCGGAUCACGCCCGACCUCGACGAGAAUUCGCGGCCCAAUACGCCUACGUCUACCUCCACAUGCGCCAAAACGCCCUGACACUCAUGACGACCUUCGCGCCCAAAGAAAAGGAGCUCCUAGCCCGACAACCCGACCUCGUCCCCUCACUCACUGGUCUACUAAAAUGGUACACAAACCUCCUAAUCUACUUCACCGAGACCUUCCGUCAAGUCAACCACCUCGUCACCCAAUCCAACGGCACCAGAACCGCAACCUCCGUCUUCCAAACUCUAAUCCACGACAAGGGGAACCCAAGCCUCAUCCUCUUCCUCUCCAGCUUCCCCCGAGUCCUUCUGAACAUGCAAACCCGUGUGGCGCCAACCUUCGUCAAAUGGGUAACCCUCGCCCACGCCCGAGGAAGACUAAUGGAGCAUAAACUCCAGAUGGAAGAUUUCCUACACCUCGUCGAGACCAUGCCGUUCAAAUACCCUGCUUUUAUCGAACUGAUCGUUGAAGUCGACGGGGCUGUGAGGGCGGCGUAUAUGGAAUCUGGGGCUAGUGCGGAGAGGAGGGUGGAGUGUGAGAUUGAAAUGAUCACUCAGGGAGUUAUUCCGCCUGAAUUGCGACCAGCGGUGGAGCAGAUGGUUCAGAAGAUUUUCCCGAAGUUUUGUCGAGGGGUGGAUAUGGGGCGAGUGUAUUUUUGGGAUACGGAGUGGUUGGGUAUUGAAUAUGCUCUCCCUGAUCAGCGGAAAAGCGGUGGUGGUGGUGAGGGGGGUGGUGAGGGGCUGGGUUUCGAUGCUUUGAGGAAGACGCCCUUGAGGAAAGGGAUGGGGUUGAGACAGUGUCGGAAGUGUGGGAGUAAGAUGGAGGAUUUGGAUGUAGAGGGCAAGGUGUUCUGGCCGGAUUGGUUGCGAAAUUCGCAGCGGCAUUGUUUCUGUCAGGAUUCGUGGUGGGGUGGGCAGUGUUGA